UCUAAUUUUGGUUCCCCACUCCACAACUCAAUCUGCACGACCACCAUCUCAAAGCAGCCACGGCGAACUCGGCCGCAGCAGCCGGAGCUGGCAGUCAUUCAAGCUAGGAAGCAGCUUUAAACAGGCAAUGAGUAUUCUCUUGUAACUUAAAAGUGUUUAAGAUUGAGUAUUUAUAUGUUAAUACGCCACUAGUAUUUGAAGAAGUUGUGCUGAAUAAAAAACUCGAAAUGAGCUUCAUAGCAAGGCUAAGAUGUCAUUUACCAAAUGGGUUUUCCAGAAAUCCCAAUGUUUAUCCUAUGGUGGCUCUAAACAUUUUGAACUUUAAUGGGAUGGUGUCUCGGAGCUUUUGUCAAGCUGCAAUGGAGGAGGAAGUGGAGAUCGAUCAAAGGAGACUCCCAGCUGAUUAUGAUCCAGCUACUUUUGAUCCCACAGAGCAUCGUAGUCCUCCAACCGAGCGUGUUUGGAGGCUUGUAGAUGAAAUAUCUGGACUCACACUAGCUGAAAUUACGGAACUGGGUUCCAUUAUAAUGAAGAAACGGGGAAUGAAGGAACCACCAGUUGUGGGGGUUAUGAAGCCCGGUGCUGCUGCUUUGGCUGGAAUGGCAAUGAAGGCAACUUCUGCAGCAAGCAAGGAGGAGAAGAAACCUGAGAAGACUGUUUUUGAGUUGAAACUGGAAUCAUAUGAAGCUUCUGCAAAGAUUAAAAUUAUAAAGGAGGUUAGGAGUUUUACAGAUUUAGGUCUCAAGGAAGCUAAGGAUUUGGUGGAGAAGACACCAGCGAUAGUGAAGAAAGGUGUGUCGAAAGAAGAAGGUGAGCAAAUAAUUGAGAAGAUGAAAGCUCUUGGGGCAAAUGUUGUUAUGGAAUAAAAUGAAAUUUCCUGAAUCUAGUUACUGUUUUAUUAGACACUUUUGAAUCACCACCAAGUUUAGGGUGAGGAUUUUACUAGUGGAUGCUAUCUCAUUGUGUUGAUUUUUGAGCUUUAUAUGGCUGUAAUUUUGAUCAGCAAUGGCCACAAGUGGUGUCAACAUUUUAGGGGAAGGAAAAUCCUUUUAAGUACUCCCAAAGUAUUCAUGGCAUCCUUUGUUUCUUUUGCUUUCUUUUUGAUGUAGCUUACAUGAUUGGAGAAAAAAAAAGAAAAUAAUUAGAUUGAGGCCAGA